AUAUUAAUUUUUUGUUUGUAUGAAACUCCACAUGGUUUGAGAUGUUUGCACGCUCGUGACUUUUGUAUUUUAUAGAGUUUACUUUUGCCUCUGUAUGAAUGACCUUUUUAAUUAUUAUUAUUGUACAGCUUGUAAAAACUUAAUCAGACUGAAAUGUCAUCAGGAGUAAUUCUCGCUGGUCUUGCUUUAGCUGCUUUGGGAUUUGCUGGAAGAUAUGUUUCACGUGCAUCAAAAGGAAUGUCUGAAAAGUUCCAACAACAUUUGAAAUCUUUGCCUAAUGCUGCGUCAUUUGCCAACAGCAAGUAUUACAAAGGGGGAUUUGAACCCAAAAUGAAUAAACGAGAAGCUGGACUUAUUCUUGGUGUUAGCCCAUCAGCUAGCCAAGCCAAAAUCCGUGAAGCACAUAGGCGAAUAAUGUUGUUAAACCAUCCUGAUAGAGGUGGCUCUCCAUACCUUGCAUCAAAGAUAAAUGAAGCAAAAGAUCUUCUGGACUCUGGAAAAGGAAAGAAAUGAUAGAUAGGACUAUAUUUAAAUUAACUAGAUUUUAAUAGUAGUGUACAUAGUAUUCAGUUUCAUCAAUAUCUGUUAAUAAUUAGUAAUAAAAUAUUACAAGCUCUUUA